CUCCCUCCCGUCCGUCCCUCCCUCCUCCUCUUCCUCGGUGAGGCGCUCCUCCGGCAGGCAGGCAGCAUGGCGGCCGUGGAGACGCGGGUGUGCGAGACGGACGGCUGCAGCCGGGAGGCCAAGCUCCAGUGUCCCACCUGCAUCAAGCUGGGCAUCCAGGGCUCGUACUUCUGCUCGCAGGAAUGUUUUAAAGGGAGUUGGGCCACUCACAAGUUACUACAUAAGAAAGCAAAAGAUGAAAAGGCCAAGAGAGAGGUAUCCUCCUGGACUGUUGAAGGGGACAUUAACACAGACCCAUGGACAGGCUACCGUUAUACUGGCAAACUCAGACCACAUUACCCACUGAUGCCAACAAGGCCAGUGCCAAGUUACAUUCAGAGACCAGAUUAUGCCGAUCACCCCUUAGGAAUGUCUGAAUCUGAACAGGCUCUUAAAGGUACUUCUCAGAUUAAAUUACUUUCCUCUGAAGAUAUAGAAGGGAUGCGACUUGUAUGUAGGCUUGCUAGAGAAGUUUUGGAUAUUGCUGCUGGCAUGAUUAAACCAGGUGUCACUACUGAAGAAAUCGAUCAUGCUGUACACUUAGCAUGUAUUGCAAGAAAUUGCUAUCCUUCUCCCCUGAAUUAUUAUAAUUUCCCAAAGUCUUGUUGUACCUCAGUGAAUGAAGUCAUCUGCCAUGGAAUUCCAGACAGACGGCCCUUGCAAGAAGGUGAUAUCGUUAAUGUGGACAUCACUCUUUAUCGCAACGGUUAUCAUGGGGACCUGAAUGAGACGUUUUUUGUUGGCGAUGUUGAUGAAGGAGCACGGAAACUAGUUCAGACCACGUAUGAGUGCCUGAUGCAAGCCAUUGAUGCAGUGAAGCCCGGUGUUCGAUACAGAGAAUUAGGAAACAUUAUUCAGAAGCACGCCCAAGCAAAUGGAUUUUCAGUUGUUCGAAGCUAUUGUGGGCAUGGGAUCCACAAGCUUUUUCAUACAGCCCCCAACGUUCCCCACUAUGCCAAAAAUAAAGCAGUUGGAGUGAUGAAGUCAGGCCACGUGUUUACAAUUGAACCAAUGAUUUGUGAAGGUGGAUGGCAGGAUGAAACCUGGCCUGAUGGUUGGACUGCGGUGACGCGAGAUGGGAAGCGGUCUGCUCAGUUUGAACACACCCUGCUGGUCACGGACACUGGCUGUGAAAUCCUAACCCGGAGGCUCGACAGCGCGCGGCCUCACUUCAUGUCCCAGUUUUAAUUUGCCACGAUGGCACUUUCUUACUGUACUGUGCGUUUUAUUGAGAGUACAGAAAGGAAGAGGCAGUUUUCUUUUUUUGGUUUUUAAAUCACUUGUUUUGACAGUAAUCAGAAAGGACUACAGCAUUUGGUGUGUGUCCUCAAGAGUUUGUCUUGGAUCUGAAAAAGCUGAGAAGAAUCAAGGAAAUAUUGCUCAACUCCUUUCAGUGCCCACAAGCCCAGUCCUCCCCGCAGCCCUGCUCACCACUUUCUUGUUUGCCCCUUGAGCACUUUUACUUAAACCUGCUUCUAGUUGCUUUUAUCACUGCCACAAACUGGCCAUCCAGAGCCAGCUGCUUUCCAGGUGAAUGUUGAAGAUGAGAAUCCUUGAAAACAGCAACACAAAUUGUACCAGAUUUUUUAAAAUUAUAUAUGUGAGAAAACAUAUGCAUACCUUUUAAACUCCAUAUAUGUAAUUACUGAACACUAUGUGACCUUUGAUUUGGGUUGAUUCUGCUCUGACAGGAUUAUUUGAUAUCCUAAUGGGUCUGUAGUUUUUAUAGUGAUUUAAUUCCUAGUUGGGAAUUGGCUUCUUCCUCCCCAUGCUAAUUAUUUACCCUCGUUCUUGUGUGUUGGGAAGCCCUCACUCAGUGAGGCUCUCUCUCCAGCGUGGACUCUGUCAGUGAUGAACGAUGAACAUUCACUUUGGAAGGAGGUUGUCAGGUUUCUUAACAUCUAGAGGGCAGAAGUAACCACACGCCAGGUGGUGGUUGGCUGUUGUAGGGCAUGAGGAUUUUGUAAUACACAGUGAUUUCAAACUUCCAUUGGUCAAAAAUAGGCAGGAAGCCGCCUGUUUUUUCAAGGGCAUGCCUUGAAGAUGCACAGAGAAGGCCGAUGGGUGCACUGUGGGAUGAUGGGAAAGCUGUGGUGGCCUUCUAUGAGCACAGUGAGUUAGGUGUUCUGGGCAUUAGACCUGGUGAUGGUGAAAAGGAACCUGUUAAGUACUGUGGCUGUGCCUGGUGUGCUGAAGCCCACGUCCUACACACAUCGUUGAGCAAGCUCCUCAUUAGAAAUGCCUCAGCUGCCUGAAACCUAUGUUCCUUCUAGCAGUUGUCCAAAUAGAAGUGUAUCCGUUAAGACAUAUCAGAUCAUAAAGUCAUUGUCAUUAGAGUCUCCUUGACUACUGAGUACCGAUGACUUGACCCAUUACACUUAUAGGAGAUCAUCUUUCCCAGAGUGCCUCAGACCUUAUUGCUUUAAGAGAAUUAUGAUAAUGUUUUCAUUACUUUUAUUGUUUAAAUGAUUUAGUAAAGUGACUGAAUCUGGUAUAGACUUUCUGGGGGUAUGUGUGUGAAGUUUUUAAAAACUUUAAUAUUUGUGAAUGGAAUGCCUUGUAAUAUGAAUGUUAAUAUGUGUAAAGGGAGAUUAAAAGUUUGAAUGAUUAUCCCUUCA